AUGAGAAUUAAGCUAGUGUUAAUUGAAAACAGAGUGAUGGUAAUUUAAUAUUUGACACUGCUAGGUAUCAACUCAAUUAUAGAUUUAAAGCUGUUAAAUGAUGGGUCAAGAUUUAUCGCUUCUCUUAGAGUAUCCUUAGACAUGAUUAGUAUUAUUUAGUAAGCAAAAUGA